AGGCCACAGGCGGCCUCAAAUUUGUCACUCUCUGUUAUGGCAUCAUUGGUUUGUGUUCUUUUGUUUCAAGUUAUGGUCGCUGAAACAUACAUUGUUUUACUUUUACAGCGUGUUCUCACAAUUUGUUUUUUUUCUUCCCAUUUUUGUGGUCUCAGGAUUCAUUAAGUUUUUGGGACCAUACUACAUGCUGGUUAUCACUUAGAGAAGAGAGAUAGGCCAAAUUUGUGGUCACAGGGUGUAUGAAGUCUCCAAGAGUGAGAUCAUUUCUUUGCGAAAUUCUAGCGUGAUUUGCAACAUUUCAAAUUCAAGAGAUGAGAACAGGUACAAGAGGUUCCUGUGUAGCUCCUGUGUAUGGUGGACCUUACAAAAGACUUCUUUUUCAGCUAUUCUUUCAAUAUAAUGUGUAGUUUCCAGAAGAAUAUAUGUGUGUGAUGUGACCAUGAAAGUGGUGGUGCUCUCUAUAAGAAAAUGUUUGCUUGGAACGAGUUCUUGACUCGGGGAAUUCGAAAUCAUCUCCGGAAUACCGUGUGAACUGUAGAGCAUUGAUGUAUGGUUUCUUUAACCAGUUAAGAAUCGUAUGUUUUUUCUACCCCCCACUGCCAAAGAAAAGCAAGUCUUCCCUGAAUCAAAUGCAUAUCCUUUUUCUUUUCUCACAGCAGUAGUUUUGUUAUUUGUAUACCAUUUUCUUCUGGGCUACAAUAUUGCUUCCCUAUAUCAUGUUUUGUCCACUGAAACCUGCAACCCGACCAUUUUCACAAAACAGUGCAGCUGUUUUACAGAUUUUGAGUGUUUUUAACUUGAGGUUUGAUGUUGUUUUGAUGGUAGGAUGAUACAUCCUGGAAAAGGACUUCCUUCAGAGAUACUAAGUGAUAUGUUUGAGACACGAGAUUGAUGGGUCACACCUGAUGGCUUAGGACUUAAGCUUUCACGGAAACUGCUGGAGCAGAUGAAUGGUAGUGUGAGUUUUGUUAGAGAAGACGAACGUUGUUUCUUUCAAGUGGAUCUUCAAGUUAAGACAAGGUUAGGUGUUGAGACCAGAGGAACAGAGGCUGAUUCAAGCAUACAAUAGAGAUUAUGAGUCCCAAAGGCAUAUAGAUAAUAAAAUUUGAUGAAUUGUGCUCCUUUUAUGGUCUGAAUCUGUUGUCAUUCAAAGUUUCCAUUAUUUAUUUAUCAAUAAGAUGUAUCUUAGUCAUUUAUAUAGUAGGAUGAUUAAGUAAACCAAGAAAAAGAAAAAACAAACCAUAACCCAAUUUACAGUACUUUGAGUCACUGACCAUCAUUAUCAAUUUAUCUAUCAUCAUCAUAUCUUCCUAAACUGAAUAUUUACGUUUGAACAAAAGGCAGUAAAGGGUUCGUUUGCAUGUCAGCUUCAAUGUGUGCUUUCACCGGUAAGAGGAUGAGCAACUUGUGAAUGCUCCCUGACCAAACCCGCUUUCCUUCAUUAAAGAACAUGGAACAUGCCCAUUUUAAUUUUAUUUAAAACUAUGGAUUUAAGUUUUACAUAUUUUAACGUUAAGUCCAUUACAGCCAAACAAAAUAUUGAACAUAAACUUUGUUUUUCUUUUUCCAAACAGAGUAGAAUUUUAUUGAUCUUUAAAACACACAAAUUCAUGUGCCUUUUGCUGAAGUCGAUAGUACAAGAAAAGUGAAUUUGACAAUUCUUCACAAAAUGAAAAUUUAUUAUAAACAACUCCAACAAAACAAACAAAUCACUCCACAAUACUUCCUAUUACUUUAUCAAAGUAUUUCAAACACGUCUAAUUGUCAAUGAUCCCGCGAAAGUAUUACAAACACGUCUAUUGUCAAUAAAAGCAGCUAAAUUGGAGCUUUUUUAGAGGUGUCAUAUAGGCAAAAAAAUUGAGAACCAACUAAUCUGCCAUGUCAUCCUGGACUGGUUUGAAAGACAAACCUUCACAGCCCAUUAUUACUAAAUUUUGGAGCCUAUUUACACCAUUCUCAGCAUUCCAUUUUAACAGCCCAUUAUUACUCAGAUACUAAAGACCCUAACCCAUUAUUACUCAUAUACUAAAGACCCUAAAACAUAAUCCCUAACCCAUUAAUACUAAAAGCCCUAAAACAUAUAAUUCUCUAAAAACUAAAGAUCACUCAUCCUCACCCUAGCCCUAAUCACCGACUCCAUCUCAUCGUGAUUCUCUGCCUCUUCAUCUCAUCUUCAACUUAAAUAUUAUCAUUUUUGAAUGAAAACAUUAUUAUUAUUGAAAUAUUAAUUAUUUAUCCAAAACUCUAAUAAACAAAAUAUACAAGUUGUUAAUGCACUCUAUUGUUUGCAAAGAAGCUUUUCAUAUUAUUUCCCUUUUUCAUUUAAUGCACAAAUACAAGUGUAGAUUUUUCUUUUCUCUAGAAGAUGUUUUUUAAUUUAACAUACAAAUUAUGAACCGUUUGACCAUGUUUAUCAUAAAUUUGGUUUUAUAUAUAUUUUUAGUUUUAAUAUAUUCUUCAUUAUUUACAUCUUAUUAGUUUUAAACCAUACAAAAAAACAUAUAUUAAUUGCAUAUUUUAAAACUUACUUUAUAUUUUAAAACGAUUAAAGUCACAAUGACCAAUUAUUUUCCAGCACCACCAAAAACUCGAAAAACCCUAUACAACCGAAAUUUUAUUUUCAAAUAUUAUUAAAUUUUAUUUGUUUAUAAUAUGUUUUAAAAACAAACCAAAAAAAAAAUUGUGAUAAAGAAGGAAAGUUUUGAUAGAAUAACCAAAAUUUUUCAUUUAAUAGGUAAAAUGACCCUUAUACCCUAGAUAUAUAAAAUUUAAUUAAAAAAUAUUAAAAAACAUUAAAAAAAUAAAAAAAAUAAUAAUUAAGUAAUAGUCUUAGAUUAUACGUUUUCAAAAUACAAUUUUUUUAAAUAAAUUUUUUAGUUGAUUUUUUAAUUGCAAUUUUUCUCUAUUUUUGUUUUCAAUUUACCUUUUUGUAAUUCUAGCCGAAGUUCACAAUAAGUGGAGCGACAACCUAGGACCGCAAUCAAUUAUCGCUAGGAUCAUUAGGAUGUGGCCCAUCACAAAUCACGCAAAUAAAAAUGCUUUUCUAGGAACAACUUUCAUUUAUCUUGACAUCUAGGUUUGUCUUAAAAAUACUUACUUUUAAUUAUUCUAACAACAUUUCAAAUAAUUGCUUUUAACCACUCAACAGGACAAGAACUGGAAGGGCGGGUGCCUAUUUCUGACACAAUGUACCAACGGUUCGAGGAAGGAAAAAUUUAUCACAUUAGAUAUUUUAAUCUUCUUCCCAAUAACCGACGGUACAUGCUUACCGUUCAACCAUACUUAAUCAAUAUUAAUGAGACAACAAUUAUAACACUGAUUCAAGAAAACAUUUCACCGAUUCCUUCAUACAUUUUCCGGCCCCAACGCUAUCCCCAGUUGAUCAGCUUAGCAAGUGCAACCAACUUCCUCCCAAAUCAAAAAAAAAAAACCAUACCUAUCACACAUACAAAUAAAUUCUCUAUUUUUGUCGCUAAAAACAAAUUAUUCCCACAGAUGUUGUUGGCCGCAUAUGCCUCAUCCAAAGAAGUGAUUUAUAUAACCACAACACAUAUACAAAAAUCAUCAUUGGAUUGCGUUAAGCAAUAAAUAUAUAAUACAAUAAUUUUUUGUAGAUCCAAAUUGGUCCGUCUAACUAUAUGGGACAAUGAGACGGCUAAUUUUAGGGAGUUAAAUCGCAUAUCUACCAAGAAAAAUCAAAUCAUAAUUAUCACAAGUAUCAUUCCAAGGUUACAUGAAGGUAAUCAACUAAACAUAAAGUUUAUGUCUAACUAAAUGCUUAUAAAUAUUUCACUUUUCAGGGAAACUAUCACUCACAACCACACCAGGAUCGCGCUUUUACUUUGACAACGACAUAGAUAUCAUACAACGCUUUCAAAAGAGAAAUAAACUGUUAUCCUAAGCCUGAUGGCAUACCUCCAAAUGGGAUCAAACCACAAGACGGAAACCGCCACCAGUCAACUGUUUUAAAAUUUACACUUCAAUGCAAACAACCAUAUAUUUUUCAAACUUACUAUUGUUUAGAAAACAGAAACUGAUCACCGCAUCGUAUUCAAACAAAAACUCUAUGGUUAGUUCUACAACGAACAAAACUUAACUUCCAAUAUCUGAUACUUAAAACUACAAAAAUAUAAAAAUUUACUUUAAUAAAACAUAUUAUCCGCCCGAAGCGCGGACCCCGGCUCUAGUAUCUUAGAAAAUGCUAUUACUACUCAAAGUCUCAAACUCGGGUUGAAUAAGGAAAAGUGAUAACCACAUUAAUAAUGAACCACUUCAACUUACAUUAAAAGCUUUUAAAGUUGUAUAAAUACAUAUAAUUCCAAUACUAAACAGUUACAAAAUUGAUAUUGUCGCAACUCGAACUUAGAUUGGAUAGGCGAAUAAAUAACCACAUUACAUUAUACCACUUCAUUUUAAAUGUAAUCAUUAUCUUAUUGUAUAAACAUUACUGAUCAAAAACCGUAGUACCCGAUCCAUAACCGAACCAAAGCUACUAAUUACCUAUAUGGUAUAUAGAGACUCGAACUUAGAUUGGAUAGGCGAAUAAAUAACCACAUUACAUUAUACCACUUCAUUUUAACUAUUACAAAUUUGAAGGUUAUAUCUUUUUUAAAAGAUCUUCAAAUAAUAUAUAACUAGGAUAAGACUUGCGUAUAGUGAAUUUAUUUGCAUAUAAUGUUUUUUGUUGUUAUUAUAUUUUUUUUUGAUAGACUGGAUCAAUUUUUUAUUAAAAAUGGUGGAACUAAAUUAUAAUUAAUAUAUCAUAGGUUAAUCGGAUUGGACAUUAAACAAAUUAUGACACAAAAACCUUAUUUUUUUCCACGGAACAUAUUCUUGAAAAAAAGUGAACAAUAUUGUUUCUAUAGUUGAAUUAUUUUGACCUUAAUCUUUCAUAUGAUUUUGAAAGGUUUCAGAUCAACCAUCGAAUUGAUACAUGUCAUUUUAAUGAUUUUAGUCGUAUGCUUAAGGAAAACUUACAUUUUUGUAAUUUAAAGUUGUUUAAAAAAAUUCAAAAUAUAACAUAUAAGAAAAAAUCUAAUAUAUAAUAAAAAUAUAACAUAUAAGGUUUUCUUCAUUUUUGUAAUUCAAAGUUAUUUUAAAAAAUUCAUAACAAAUCUAAUUUUUUAUUAUAUGGUUAAUGUGAUUGUUUAAUUUUUUUAAUAAUAUAAAAUUAAACAAAAAAAAGAAAAAGGAUGCAAAAAUUGUUAUCGAAUAUUUAUUAUUCAUAGUCAUUAAUUGCUAUACGUAUGUUAAUUAUAUUAGGUAAUUCCGUAGUUUUAUUUUAAGAAAAUAAUACACGUUUUUUAUAUUUUGCAUUAAUAUAAUGUUUCUUACUAAUUUGAUUUAGACCAACAUUUUUUAUUUGAUUCUUAAGCUGCAUGUAAGCUAAAUUGACAUUAUAGUUAAGUUAUAAUUAAUGUUACAACUUUUCAAACGAUCAUCGAUAAAUAUACAUGCCACAUGGGGAUAUAUAUGAGAUUCAGAAAACACCAUUUAAAAAUUUGGGUCUUUCAUAAAAGGAAAAACUUUGGGCCGGGCCGUAAAUAAUAUAUCAAAACCCCAAAUGGGUUUAUUUGUAAUUUCGUAAAAUCUCCGUAAAUAUCGAGUAAAUUAAGACCUUGUGUUGUUUUCGAUCAAAGUGACGUCCCGCUAGUAGAAGCCUCAAGGGCGGGAAAAUUCGCCUCCUGAAAAAAAAUUCGAAAUUAUUAACCGUUUAGGGCUUUUCUCCGGCGAUGUCGCGGCGAGGCGGUGGUCCCGUGACUGUACUGAAUGUGGCGGAGAAGCCGUCGGUGGCGAAGUCAGUGGCCGGGAUUCUAUCCCGUGGAAGUUUCCGGACUCGGGAAGGUAGGUCUCGGUACAACAAGAUCUUCGAGUUCGAUUACGCAAUCAACGGCCAGCCGUGCCGCAUGAUGAUGACCUCCGUCAUCGGUCACCUGAUGGAGCUUGAGUUCGCCGAUCGCUUCCGCAAGUGGCACUCCUGCGACCCGGCGGAUCUGUACCAAGCUCCGGUCAUGAAACACGUCCCCGAGGAUAAGAAGGAUAUUAAGAAGACAUUGGAGGAGGAGGCAAGGAGGAGCGAUUGGCUUGUGCUGUGGCUUGAUUGUGAUAGGGAAGGUGAGAACAUUGCGUUUGAAGUUGUGGAUGUUUGUAGAGCUGUGAAGCAGAAUCUUUAUAUACGGAGAGCUCAUUUCUCUGCGUUAAUUGACAGGGAAAUUCAUGAGGCUGUUCAGAAUCUCAGAGAGCCUAAUCAACUGUUUGCUCAGGCUGUUGAUGCUAGACAAGAAAUAGACCUACGCAUUGGAGCUUCUUUCACUAGGUUUCAGACUAUGCUUCUGAAAGAUAGGUUCGUUAUUGACUCCACGGGUGAUGAAGAGAGGAGCCGUGUAAUAAGUUAUGGUCCCUGUCAGUUUCCUACACUUGGCUUUAUUGUAGAGAGAUACUGGGAGAUACAGGCGCAUGAACCAGAAGAGUUUUGGACAAUCAACUGUUCUCACGAAUCAGAAGAAGGCCUUGCCACCUUUAAUUGGAUGCGUGGUCAUCUCUUUGAUUAUGCUUCAGCUGCGAUAUUAUAUGAGAUGUGUGUCCUGGAACCUACUGCCACCGUUAUGAAUGUCCCGCAUCCAAGGGAAAAAUUCAAAUAUCCUCCUUAUCCAUUGAACACAAUUGAACUUGAAAAACGCGCUUCAAGAUACUUCCGCCUGAGUUCGGAGCAUACCAUGAAGGUGGCAGAAGAGUUAUAUCAGGCUGGUUUCAUCAGCUAUCCUCGUACAGAGACAGAUUCUUUUUCAAGCAGGACUGAUUUACGUGCCAUGGUGGAGGAACAAACAAGACAUCCUGCAUGGGGUCCAUAUGCACAAAGACUAUUAGAGCCGGAGGGGGGACUCUGGAGAAACCCGGGGAAUGGUGGUCAUGAUGACAAGGCUCACCCACCCAUUCACCCAACAAAGUUUUCUAGCGGAGAGUCUAACUGGAGUAGAGAUCACCUUAACGUUUAUGAGCUUGUUGUCCGCCAUUACCUGGCGUGUGUUUCCCAGCCAGCAGUUGCUGCUGAAACUACAGUAGAAAUUGAUAUUGCUGGUGAGCGUUUUUCUGCAUCUGGGAGAGCAAUAUUAGCUAAAAAUUACCUUGAGGUGUAUCGCUUUGAAUCUUGGGGAGGUUCAAUGAUUCCAGUGUAUGAAAAAGGGCAGCAGUUUAUCCCAACACGUUUGACUCUGGAUUCAGCGGUAACAAGGCCACCACCGCUAUUGUGUGAAGCUGACUUACUGAGUUGUAUGGACAAGGCAGGCAUUGGCACUGAUGCGACAAUGCACGACCAUAUAAAGAAACUCCUUGAUCGGGGUUAUGCUACAAAGGAUGCUAAUACGCGCUUUUCUCCAACCAACCUGGGUGAGGCGCUUGUUAUGGGAUAUGAUGACAUGGGGUAUGAACUUUGGAAACCAAACCUCAGAGCCAUCAUGGAACAUGAUAUGAAUGAAGUUAGUGUUGGCAACAAGACUAAAGCUGAAGUUCUUGAAACUUGUUUGCAGCAAAUGAAAGCUUGUUUCUUAGAUGCAAGAGUCAAAAAAACAAAGCUCCUAGAAGCAAUGACAAUUUUCUUUGAAAGAUCUAAUAACUCCGAUGAAGGUGAAAAUCAGACAGCUGGUGAAGUUGUCCGACGAUGCAACCUUUGCCAUGAAUCAGAUAUGGCGCUCAGGAAGAACCAGGAUGGCAAUUUUAUGGUUGGAUGCAUGAGCUAUCCUCAGUGUCGGAAUGCAGUUUGGCUUCCCGGACCUACAUUGGAAGCAUCUGUCACUACUGACACUUGUCAAUCUUGUGGUCCAGGUCCUGUCUACAAGAUACGUUUCAAGUUCCGUCAGAUCAGAAUUCCACCAGGCUUUGAUGUUAAUCACUUAGGCUGUGUUGGUGGCUGUGAUGACGUUCUUAAACAGCUGAUAGACAUAUGUGGAACUGGAUCCCGUUCUCAAGCAAGGGCAGCCCCGGGUGCAACCCCAAACAAUGUCCGAGGAAGCAACAUAAGACAGAACAACGUGUGCAUACACUGUCAACAAGGAGGGCAUACUUCUGCCAAUUGUCCCACGCGAGCUUCAGGAUAUCGAAAUCCUCGUGCUACUGGAACAGCAAAUCCGAGAAACAAUGAAACUACAGUUUCAUGUACCACUUGUGGAACACCAUGUGCUAUUCGUACAGCCAACACAGAAGCUAACAGGGGAAGGAAGUUCUACUCAUGUCCAUCACAAGGCUGCAACUUCUUCACAUGGGAAGAUAGCAUCAGCAACGGUACUGGGAAUGCAACAACAGGUUCUAAUAGCGGCGGAAGCGGUAGGCGCGGCCGUGGUGGUGGCCGGGGAAAUAGAGGCGGUGGCCAAAGAGGUGGAGGGCGUGGCGGCGGUGGAACAAGCUUUGUUUCUGCAACUGGAGAGCCAGUGAGUGGUAGAAGGUGCUUCUCAUGUGGUGAUCCUUCACAUUUUGCCAACGCUUGCCCUAACCGUAACUCUUAA